AUGACUAUCACAGCAGAGAACAAGUUAGAGUACCCCCAGGGUCAACUCUUCGUGCACGCCAUCGAGGAGAAAGCGCAAUGGAUACCGAACAACAUGUACAUGCGUUACGCGCCGGAUGACUGGUUACACAGGGGUUACAAAACGAUUACAUGGAAGCAAUACGCAAGUGCCAUCGAUAAGAUGGCUUUCUGGUUUGACGAGCGGCUUGGUAAAGCAGUGGAUUGCGAGACGGUUGCUUAUUUCGGGCCCAACGAUCCACGCCUCCGUAUUUGCUAA